AAGCUUUAAAUCUUAUUGAAACUACAAAAGCAAAUUCUGUUAUGAGUCUUUUUUUAUUGAAUGUUGCGGAAUUAGAAUAUCGAAAGCAUUGUUGGAAAGAAAGCAAAGAAAAAUUGGAUAAAGCAUUAGAGUAUCAGCAGAAGGCCGAUAUUUUUCAAAAAGAAGUAGCAUUAGCGAACUUAUGUAUGGGUGACUUUAAACAUCGUGAAGGCGAUUUCAAAUAUCGUCAAGGUGAUUCCAAAUUUCAAGUGCUUUGUUAUAGAACUGCAUUAGAAUGCUAUCAACAUGCGAACGAUAUUUUGGCCGAUAUUAUGAAAGAAGAUUAUAUAACGAAGCUUGAAUGUACAGAUGCGAGUGUAUUUCAAACACCAACGUGUAAAAAAUUUAUCUCUUGUUGUCCAACUAGUCCAAUUACUAAAAUUACAGGAGAUGGUGCUGUUCAAUAUGAAUGUUUUUUACUUUCGUAUAUGAAAAGUGAAUUAUUUCGUCGUCAAGGUUGGGUAUUAAGUAAACAAGGAAAUAUUAGUGAAGGCAUUAAGUUGAUUGAAAUUAGUUCAUAUUCGAAUCAAUCAUGCCUUGAAAAGGCAGAGUACUUAUUUGUAUUGAGUAAAGCUCAUAUUAUGAAUAUAAAUGAUACAUUAUUGAACCAAAAUCGUUUAGUGUUUGAUAAUGUGAGAGAUUCUGUACUUUCCCUUCCUUUGAUGGGAAAGGCUAAUAAAAAAAAGUCACGAAGGGUAAUAAAAUCAAAGGCAGAAAUUUCACCUCAGUUGCUUCAGGAAAUUGAUCGAGUAACUGAAUGCCUAAUAAAAGUUUAUGACCUGGCUUAUGAAUGUGGACCAACGCAAUUAUUGCAAGAAACUUCGUUAUGUAUUACAAUGACGAAUAUGAUCAAAUCUUAUGGGCAAGAUCAAAACUUUGAUCGAUCUGAAGUGGCAACUAUGUGUGCUUAUUAUUUGGAAAUGACCAGAGCACUUACUGCAAAAAGACAGAUGAUUGCUACAUUGAACGAAAAAUUACAAUUUUCCCUGAAGUAUGAUGAUAUGCAAUGGCCAAACCAGAUUGCAACAUCGGCAUGUUUGGAUGAUAAAGAUUGCGAUGAUUUUAAUGAUGAAGCUGAUUCUCAAAAGGAAUUUUUAAAAACUUUAUUAAAACAAUAUACAAAUGAAUUAUCACUAACUUAUGAACAGUUUCAAUCCGAAUUCUUGGAUAUCUUGCCGCACAAUUGGGUCGCCUGCUCUAUUUCUAUUGACAUUGAGACAAAUGACAUGUUCAUUUGUCGAUAUCAACGAAAAACAACACCUUUAUUACUAAGAUUACCUUUGAAACGUCAAUCUAUCAGAGAAGGUGACGAAGGCGGUUUUGCCUACAGUGAUGCGAUUAAAGAAUUCAAUGAAAUACUAGAAUUAAGUAAUCAAAGCAUGCGAGCUGGUAAAAUGUUACAGACUAAACAUGAAAAGGUAGAAUGGUGGAAGGAAAGGUCACAAUUGGAUUUGAGGCUUAAAGAAUUACUUGAUAAUAUUGAGGAUUGUUGGCUUGGUGGCUUUAAGGGAAUUUUAAUGGCAAAUACACAUCAUGAUCCCAAUCAAAUUUCUCGUUUCAAAAAUAAAAUGGACAGUAUAAAUUUUAGAUGUGACGUGCGCAAAUCGUCCUCUAAGCAUCAAACAAAAAAUAAGCUUGAUAUUAAUGUAGAAUUAUAUAAGUUGUUACUUCGUUUAGGUGCAUAUCCUAAAGAUCAAGAUAUUGAAGACGUCCUUUAUUUCCUUGUGGAUGCAUACAAUAAAUAUAAUGACGAGCAGAUCGGGUAUGAUGAAAUAGAUUGGGACAAACUCACUAUAGACGUUCGAGAAAUAAUAUCUAGUAUUAAUUUGGUCGAUUCAUCUCAAUCUGAUGAUCAGCAUGUGAUUUUGAUUCUCGACAAGAAUGUUCAAAUGCUACCAUGGGAAAGCUUACCAUGUUUGCGGUCUCAAGCGGUUUCGCGAUUACCUUCCCUAUCAUUUUUAAGAGAUCGUAUAACGUUAAUAAAUCACAUUAAUAAUGAACAAGGCGAAUCAAAUACUUCGAAUUAUUUUAUUGAUCAACGCAAGGCCUUUUAUAUCCUCAAUCCAAGUCAAGAUUUAAAGUAUACGCAAAAUGAAUUUGAAGAUUUUGUAAAGAGUUUUCAAGAAUGGGACGGGGUUAUUGGUCGCCCUCCCUUUGAGUUGGAAUGCAAAAAUGGAUUAGCAAAUAAUGAUCUUUAUAUAUAUGUUGGCCACGGUACUGGAGAACAAUAUAUUCGAAGUCAUUGUAUUAGAGCUCUUGACCGUUGUGCAGUUACUCUAUUAUUUGGUUGUAGUAGUGGUCAUUUGUGUGAUAGUGGAGAGUUUGAUCCAUCGGGUACGGCUUUAAGCUAUAUAAUAGCAGGCUGUCCUGCGCUUGUCGCUAAUUUAUGGGAUGUCACAGAUAAAGACAUUGAUCGGUUUAGUAAAGCACUUUUCAAUAAAUGGAAAUUAUGUCCUAAUAAUAUGGAUGCUGUUACUCCAAAGGAGGAUGUAUCAUUGGUACAAGCUGUAUCAAUGGCAAGGAAUGAAUGUAAGUUGAAAUACUUAAUUGGUGCAGCACCGGUUGUCUAUG